AUGAUCGGUGAUCCUGUGCUGGAGUCAUAUGACUAUGACAAUAAUAUCGACCAUCCCCAACAAGACCAGCCACCAUCGAUCGCGUUAAGACUUGAGAACUUGCAAUGCGGUGCUCCCGGGGAAGCGCCGUCGUUUCAGCCCCGGCGCGAACGAAAUUCGCCCCAACAAAUCCAUCCCAUCGCCGAGAAAUCCUCACGAUCGAUUAUUGUUUCAUCAUGGUCGCACCGCAUCGCAGCCAUGUCGUCUUUCGAACCUCUACGGCCCCUAGCAAACAACAUCUUCCUUUACGAGCCGAGCCGGCUCGCAGAGGCAGAGGCCCGUCGACCUCGCGAUGACCCUCCGCUGAUCAUCCUGUGCACUUGGGUCGGCGGCGCCAUCCCACGGCAUAUCAAUAAAUACGUCACGACUUAUCUUCACCUCUAUCCGCAUUCAUGUCUUCUGCUCAUCACUACGCAUAUUCUUGAUAUCAGCGUGCGCUCCUUCCGCGCCGUGCGAGCCCGUCUGAAGCCCGCGAGAGAUACCAUCCGUCGUAUUUUGCAGGCUGAGGGUGUCGGUUUAGGUGACGGCGACAGCGACAGCGCCAAUGCCGAGUCCAGACAGAGGGCAUUACUUCACGUCUUCUCACACGGCGGCUGCAACACAGCUGUCCAGCUCGCUCUGUCCAUGAGCGACGACACCGACCUGAUCGGGAACGGCGGGUUACGCCAUCUCCCUCUCCAAGCCGUCAUCUUCGACAGCUGCCCCGGGGACGAUUCCUUCCCGCGCAUGUACAACGCAGCGGCAGUCUCGUUCCCCCAGGCUUUUCCACUCGGGUUCUUGGAAAGCGUGCUGCUGUACCCGUCCAUGGCGGCGAUCUUUGGACUGCAAAGGGCCGGGCUCAUGAAUUCUGUAAGGCGGUUACGGCUGGAGAUGAAUGAUUCAGCGGUCUUCAGAUCCGCUAGGCGCUUGUAUUUGUAUUCGAAGGCCGAUGAUAUGGUGCCGUGGGAGGCUGUUCAGAGGCAUGUGGAAGAAGCGAGGAGGCAGGGUCAUUGGGUGCAGGGCGAGCUGUUUCGGUAUAGUCCGCAUUGCGCGCUGAUUCAGGAGGACGCUGCACGGUACUGGGGGGCGAUUCAGGCAUUUUGGCGGGGGGAUGAUGUUGAUCGGCUCCGACGGCCGACCGAAGCCACCGACGGGAAUGACCUCACAACUUUCGGCUUCGUCCUUUUCCCUUCUCCCAUGGAUCUUCUAUCAGUCCUCCCGGACUUUCCCACCAAACCCUACGCCCAUAUCCUUCCUCUUCUCGAGCGAGCCAAUCUUAACACGGUCGACUUGAUCACCAUUGAUGUUCUGGAAAUCGCCAGGCGCGCCCACGUCCCUCCAGCCGACGUGCGCCGGUUGUCGUCGCAUGUCGUGAAGGCCCUUCAUCACGAUGUUGGCUUCGAGGAGCCUGCGGUUCCGGACGCCGCAGAGCCACCCAGCUCGAGUAUCAACUUCGAGGCGCCCCUGACCCCCGGGUCUUCCAAUAGACUCGAUCUCUCCCAAUGGAGCGCCAUCAGCACCCUCGACCCCGCGCUGGACGCGCUGCUGGCUGGCGGCGGAAUUCCCACGGGAUACGUUACGGAGGUGACCGGCGAGAGUGCCAGCGGCAAAACCCAAUUCCUCCUGACCCUCCUCUUGUCCGCCCAACUCCCUGCUCCCCGGGGUCUAGGGAAAUCCGCCAUCUACAUCUCGACCGAAGCGCCGUUAUCAACGCCGCGACUCUCGCAGCUCCUGGAUCACAAUCCGUAUCUCUCGACCCUACCGCGCGACGAAGCCCCCUCGUUACAAAAUGUGCUGUCCAUCAAUGCAAUGGACCUCGAGACCCAGGAUCACAUCCUGAACUACCAACUCCCCGUCGCCAUCGGCCGAUAUAAUGUCGGCCUUGUGGUCAUCGAUUCCAUCACCUCCAACUAUCGCGCCGAGCACACCUCCACCAGCAUGCAGGGUCUCACGACGCGAUCGGGGGAACUCGCGCGACUGGGUCAAUUGCUGCGCAAUCUCGCCGCGAAAGAGGAUAUCGCGAUCGUGGUGGCGAACCAGGUUUCGGACCGGUUUGAAGGCCCGGAAGGGCCGGCGAAUCCGUUCAUCAGGAACGCAAUGACCGGUAUGAACUCGUUACCCUCGACACCGCAGCAACAUCUUCAACCGCCGCCGUCGUCGAACCGCAAUGCCGGGGCAUCCCCUCUGCCUCGACAUCGACCCCCGGAAUCGGGGAAUAUCGAACUCGCCCAGCAUAACGUCAUCUUUCCACCUUCGUCGCCUGCGUCUUCAUCACCGUAUGUCAAUGAUGACGAUUGGCUGCCGCCGCCGACGCAGCAGCAGCAGCAAAACUUCGACGGGUCCUAUCUCGUCGGAAACCCCGUGCGCAACGAGAUCCUCAGUCUUACGCACCAGCAGCGUUUCUUCACCGGAUGGGGUGAUGAUCUUCCGCAUUCCUUCACGGGAGGGUACUUUCCUGGCUCUCAGAAACCGUCGUAUAAGACGCCGGCGCUGGGAAUGGUCUGGUUAACUCAGAUCGCAUGCCGGAUUACUUUGAAGAAAGAGGAGCUACUGGUCCCAAUGGACCCUUUGUUUGAGCUCCCUAAUCCGCAUUUCAAAGUGAACCAGAACCAGAGUCUUCCCGCAACGAACCCAGAUGUGUCCGCGCAUCCAGCAGAGACGAAGAGGGAGACGAGGAAUGGGACUUGGACAGAGAAUGAGACUGAGACUGAGAAGCACGACGACGGUGACAACAAACCCACACACGAAACAAUACCAUCCAACAACACCGCCGCCGACCAACCCUCUCAACCAGAGUUCCCCCCCAACCCCGUUCCACUUCCCACCGAACCCGAAUCUACAACCAAUCCAGAACCUGUCGCUGCUCCUGUCCCUCCACCUCCUCCCUCCGCGCCCAACCCCGCCAAUCCAAGCUCUCAGUUCCAGAGUACUUCAUUCCCGCCCUCCUCGCCAUUACCACCGCCCGAUCGUCCGAUCCGCCGUACCAUGAAACUGGUCUUUGCGCCGUGGAGUGCCGGCAAGGUCGUGGAGACGGGAGACAUCCAGGACGAGGUUGAAUUCACGAUCGAGAAGGGAGGGAUGCGAGGGGUUAUGUAG